AUGUCGCUCACAACCCUCCCCACCGAGCUCCUCUACAUGCUCACCGACUCCCUCCCGCUGGCGGACAUCAGCUCGCUCGCCCGCACCUCCGUCCAGCUCUACCUCACCCUCUCCCCCCUCAUCCGCACCACCGCCCUGCACCCCCGCCACUCCUCCGGCGCCCUCUUCUGCGCGGCCGCCAACCAAAACGCCCCCAUGGCGCGCUACCUCCUCGCAAACAGCCCCGACCUCACCGUCGCCGGCUCCACCCCCACGGAGGUGAUCCCCACGGACCCCGAAGAGCUCCUCACCCACGUGCUGUCCAAGGGCGCAAACCUCAUCCUGCACAAGAACGACGGCUCCGGCCACGCCAUCCCCGCCCUGCACUGGGCCAUCCACAACUCGCGCCGCGCAAUGAUCCGCCUGCUGCUCGACACCGGCGCCGACCUCGACGCCCGCUACAGCAUGCACAUCGUGUCCGGCCCCACAGCGCUGCACGAGGCUGCGCGCCGCCGCGACGGCGACACCAUGCGGCUGCUGCUCAAGCGCGGGGUCUCGCCCAAUGUCCGCGGCCACCGCAGUCUCACCCCUCUGCACAUUGCCGCGACCAAGGACCACGUCGCGGGCGCGCGCCUGCUGCUCCAGUACGGCGGUGAAACCGGUAUCGUGGACGCCUAUGGCUUCACGCCAAUGCUAGAGGCAGAGCGACACGGCGCCAAGAACGUUGCCAGGCUGCUUCUGGAGGCGGAGGACCCGCGGUCCUACCAGGACCAGUAUGGGCGCAACGUGCUCCACCUGGCGGCCAUCUAUGGGCAUGUGGAGCUUGUGCGCUCGCUGCUGGAGCAGGAGGACAUUGAUGUCAAUUCGCGCGAUGGGGCUGGAAGGGCCGCGAUCCACUAUGCGGCGAGAGAGGGGGAUGCAAAGAUCGUCGAUAUGCUGGUCAAGAGGGGGGCGAGCGUCAGUGUGAAGGACUACUCGAGGUCCACGGCGCUGCACUAUGCGGCCAGGAGGGACAUGAUCGCUGUUACCCAGCUGCUGCUCGAGGCCGGCGCCGACGUCGAGGCAAAGGACAAGUACGGGAAGACGCCGCUGCACCUGGCCGCCAGUCAGGGCGCGAGAGUCGUGUCGAACUUCCUGCUGAAGAAGGGCGCAAAGAUCAUGGAGCAGGAUGCCUCUGGCAAGUCUGCCCUGCACAUGGUGGGGCAGUACUACCUCAAGCUUGUCUCCGAGAAGACCGCCUGCCGAUAA